GUAGCCUGCACAAAUCAAUAAUGUAGCUGUUGGAAGCUAACGGCGUCAGCGGCGGCUAACCGGAAGGGGACACACACACACACACACCUCGGCUCAACACGCCAACCUACAACAGAGAACUGUCAACAUGGCACCUUAUAACAUCUUCACAGCAUCAUGAGACUGUGCUACACAUACCUGGAGAACGAACACACGGCACAUACUACGCCGGGAAACCACGGCUCAGCGGAGCUGCACGCCGGCCAGCACUUGCUUCAGCAGGGGAGAGAGAGCGACUAAACGACAGCGGAGGGGUAUAUGAACAGGUCCGCAUUAGCAGCCAAUAACGCGGCUGCACUACGGGUGCCGGUAAGGGGCGUGACACACACCUGCCGCGACCGCCAUGCCUGCUGCAACAUAAAUAGACUGAGGGACACAGUAAAGAAAUACAAUAUCUACACUGUAAAUAACCACCCGGUUACACUUGCUCGAGUGAGGCGUAUAGCGACGUUCUUUCGCCGGAGUACGACGGCAAACCACAUACUAAAAGAAAAACAGAAGCUACUUCAACUGCCAGCGCACAAGCUAACAGUAGACGUUGUAACUAGGUGGAACAGUGCACUGGACACGCUGGAGCGCUUUUUAGAGCAACAGCCAGCUAUCUCUGCCACUCUCCUUUCACAAGACGUGCGCAGGAAUGAAAAAGAUCUGUGCACCUUAACAGAGGAAGAUGUAACGAUUGCCGAAGAUUUGGUGCGGGCCUUGAAACCAGUGAAAGAAGCCACACUGGCAAUGUCGGAAGACAAGCAACCAACUCUGUCCGUCAUCACCCCACUUCUCGCCCUGCUGCAGGAGGCCUUGACCCCCAGCCUCGAAGACUCCACCGUGGUGAGGGACUUGAAGGCUGCUGCAAAGAAUAACUUGAGGACUAGAUAUGAUGCGCAGAAGGACACAUUGUAUGCAGCAUCAGCACUGGAUCCUCGCUUUAAGGCCCUACCAUCCCUGUCCGCUAAAGAGACACCUUCUCCAGACUGCAGUCUGAGGCUGCCACUGCUGCAUGUUUAAGUAUUUUAAAAAAAAACCUGUUCAAUUUAAUAAGAAUGUUUUCAUUGAGAAUUAAAAGAUUCUCUAUUGGAUUAUAAGGAAUAGUAUAAAA